UGGCUGCAUGCCAUCAUAAUGUAUUACAACUGUGCCACACGUUGCCUAACUGCUAUCUAUAGCCUCUGCUAUUCUCGUAGCUGUGAAGUGCGAUACAAACAGUGGAUACUCUGUCAACUGCAUCUGCUCUGCGCAGAGGAGAGGAAAGGGGGGAUUCGGUCUAGCUGCUACUGUACCUAAAGGAAAUAUCAUGGAUAAAAUGCCAUGCUAGGACAUGAGGUAUUUUGAUCUGACUCAGCCCUUCGUCCCUCUUGACAAAUGCAAAUUUGCUGUUUGAACACUUCGAUUGAGGUGAUGGAGUCAAACAGCUGCCCGGGCUCAGGGACCGACAGUGACGAGCCUGCCCUCUGCAAGCCUUUGGACACAGGGAUGGACAGCCUGAAAGUGAGAGUUGACGGGAGCGUUUUUGUGGUGAACAAAGCCCUACUCGAGCAGCACUGUGAGUACUUUCGAGCCCUCUUCCAGUCGGGAAUGCGGGAAUGCCAACAGGAUGAGGUCCACCUGCAAGGGCUGAGUGCCCGGGGAUUUGUGUUGGCGCUCCGGGUCCUGGACGGGGAUCGCCCCAUCCUGGGUGGUGACGAGAUCGUGGAAGCCAUCGAGUGCUCCGCCUUUCUACAGAUGGAGUCCGUGACAAAGCACCUGAUCAAUAUCAUCAACUCAGAGAAUUGCUUGUUGAUGUACCACACGGCCACGACCUACGGUUUGUUGGAUCUGUCCCAUCAAGCUGCUUUAUUCAUUAAAGACAUGUACUCAGACCUGAAGGAGGAUGUUGUGAGCACCUUAUCAGAAGACCUAGUGGAGUACGUUGAGUCUCUCAUCCCCAGUCGGUACGUCACAGUCUGCAGCCACUCUCCUACCGUCGAGCAGCUCCAGGACUGUCAGAGGACGGUCUGCUACCUGGAUGACGAAGAUAGAGAGUGGAAGGUGCUGAGUCACCUACCCUUAAACACAAGCACCACGAUGGCAGGUGUGACCGUGCUAGACAACAAGCUGUACAUUAUAGGAGGCGUCCACGACGUCAGCAAGAAAGUUGUGGACUCUGGCUUCUGCUAUGACCCAGAGAGUGACUCCUGGUCCACUAUUUUGAGUCCCCAGCAGCUUCGCUACAACUUUACAUUAGUGGGCCACGAAGGCUGCCUCUACGCCAUCGGUGGGGAGUUCGACAGGAAGUCCAUGGCAUUGGUGGAGAAGUACAGCGUCUCCACAGCCGCCUGGCACUUCGCCGCUAAUCUCCCCUGCCGAGCCGCCAACGUGGCCUCCACCAAAGCCAUGAGCCGCAUCUUCAUCUGCCUCUGGAAGCCCAAGGGCGCUACGGAGAUCCACGAGUACGUUCCUGAGAGGGACCAAUGGGUCCUGGUCACCACGCUGGUCCGUGACCAGAGCUAUGGCCACUGCAUGGUGGGCCACAGGGACAAUCUGUAUGUAAUGCGCAACGGGCCCUGCGAAGACUUCCUGAUGUGCGUGAUGGACUGCUAUAACCUGACUAUGGGUCAGUGGACGGCCUUGCCAGGGCAAUACGCAAACAGUAAAGGAGCCCUGUUCACCUCGGUAGUAAGAGGGGACUCAGUGUUCACCCUCAACCGCAUGAGGACGACGGAGUUUGCCGUGGAGGAGUACAGAUGGAAAACUAAGAGGGAGACGAAAGGCUUCGGGCGAAUCGGCUCCAUGUACACGUUUCUCAUGAGACUGCCUAAGGCCAAGACUGUGGGAAACACUGAGGUGUUGACGGACGGGCUGGAGUUUGGGAAUCGGAUUGACCACAGACGCAGAGACUCUCUGCUGCAAUGCUUCGACUGACUUCCUGUGAAUAAGUUUGGUCUUUUAAUAUCUCCUGACAAACCAACAACUUUUUGUGUGCAGUUGUUUCACUCUCAGAGACAGGACAAUUAACUAGAACGCUUUGACUGACUUCCUGUGAAUUGGUUUAGUCUGUUACUUCGGCCACUUUCAGUAGGCAAACGUUGUGGAAGAUUGCAGAAAGAAAUGUCUUGAAUACAGCUGACAUGAUUCCUUUUUCUACAUGUCAGAGAGGCAUGUUUGCUCUUCAUAACAUAUUUAUAUCUGAAUAUUACAUAGCAUUGUACCAUUCUGAAUGGUCUAAAUAUGUAAAUGUCAGAGACAACUGUAAUUUGUAAAACAUUCAAGUUUGCUGCAUUCAUAACAAAUCAAAAACUCGGAACCUCUGAGUUAAAAUGUACUUAAGUUAUUUGCGUAGAGCUUCCUAUUGGUUGAUUCAGAUACUUUCCAAGUGGUAAACUCUGGUAUUGUCUUUCUACAACGAGUUUCUAAGUCAGAAAUAUCAGUUUCCUAGUUUCGGCAUGUCAUGAAUGCAGCAUAUCUUCCAAGAACAAUUAAAUAGCAUUUAAGAAACUAUAAUAAUAUUGACUUCCAUAGUUCUUGGUUAAUGUUGCCUCAAGUAACCUUCUGGGUAAUUUGACUCGGUAUCCAAGUGUAGUGUACUAUAAAGUUUACUAUAAUUAAGUGAUUCAUUACAUUGAGUGGAUACAGCCAUAUCAGAGAGCUCUUUCCAUGGAAACCAAACACAUGUUCAGUAAUGUACGUAAAGACUGAAAUACUUUUCCUGUUUUUACAACAAACAAACCAUUUAUAACCCAGGCUCAGGUCCCCAAGGCAUUCAUGGCUAGAGAACAGGGUAAGAUAAGGCUGGCAGUGUUCACGCUGUACAAUAUAACAUUUCGGUAACGAGUGCAUGUUUGCUGCCAUCUCAGGACAGGUAUCCGUUGAAGGAGAGAUUUGUCUUCUCCAUGGGAUUGCCUGUGUAAAUACAGGAUUGGAGAAUUCAAAUUAAUAGAUUGUCUUUGGCAGAAGAGAUAUGAAAUAAUCGUCUUUGUAAUUACCCAAUAAAACACUCUUCAAAUAAUGUGUUAAUGGAUGAGGAAUGUUGCUAAUGAUGUGCAGAUUUUUUCCACUUAUCAAAUUAUAUAAACAUUAAUUUCCCCUACAGUUAACAAACAGGCAAAAAUCUCCCUUGAUGAUAUGAGAAUGGUUCUUUCCUUCAUUCUUUAGUCUACAGCAGAGGAGGCUGGUGAGGGAGGACGGCUCAUAAUAAUGAAUGGAAUGGAGUAAAUGGAAUGGUAUCAAACACAUGGAAACCAGGUGUUUGAUGUGUUUAAGACCAUUCCAUUUAUUCCGUUCCAGCCAUUACUAUGAGACCGUCCUCCCCAUUUAAUGUGCCACCAGCCACCACUGGUCUACAGUCGGUGUACAGUCUAUGAGUGAAGUUCAUUAAUAGCAAAGUGAUAAAAGAAAUGCUCUCCUGAACAAACAUAGUGGUUCUCUAAAGCUUUCCCGGUCCAUCAACAGAAGAUACACAUCUUUAAUAGAUGCCGACUCUUCCAUUCGCUUCGCUGCUCCCAUCUAAGUUCUGCCGUGGCUUUGAUAGUCAAAUAACAAACCUGUAUUGUGCUAACCCCAUCCAAAAUGAGCACACGUCGGCGGGGAAAGCAUGGCAAAAAUGUGGAAGUGUCUCCCACACAAAUCAAGAUCUAAUAUGAUGUGGGUACCAUGAGACAUGAGUAGGAUUUACAAGUUUAUUGCAUUUAUAUUAAUCGUCAAUGUUUUUUGUAACAUCUGAAAACAGAAAUCUCAAUGCUCAUAUGCAUUUGAUCUGUAUACAAUAGUUCUGUAUCAUAGGCAAAAACAAAACAAAUAAAUACAAAAUACAUUCAGUUAAUUUUAAAGUGCAAGUUACAGUAUGUACAACUUCAAGUGGGUCCUUUCAGGCAACCUGCCAUAUAAAAAAAGAUUGACAAGUUUCUUUCAGGUUUCGAUCUUUCACGCCGUACACACACCCUUCAAAUACAGAUAAUAUUAUUAUUUAUAAUAUGACUGACCAGUAACAUAGGUUGCAUCCCAAAUGGCACCCUAUUCCCUAUAUA